AUGGAAGCAGACGAUGAGUGGGAUCAUGAUAGCACUUUCGGCGGCUCACGGGCUUCGCUGGCCAGUAGCAGCACCUCUUUGCAAACCGCAGUCACACGAUAUGAGUUCGAGCAUGGCAGACGAUAUCAUGCUUACCAAGCGGGCAAAUACCACUUCCCGAAUGACGAGCAAGAGCUGAACAGGAUGGACAUUGAGCACUGGAACCAGCGGCUUCAGAUGAACGGUGCAUUGCAUCUUGCUCCGCUUGACGAUCCAGAAGAGAUCCUAGACUUGGGGACUGGUACAGGCAUCUGGUGUAUCAACAUGGCCGAUUCCUACCCGAGGGCGCAGGUGCUCGGCAUCGAUCUCAGCCCCAUCCAGCCUGACUGGGUGCCACCAAACUGUCGGUUUGAAGUCGAUGACUUUGAGCUUGAAUGGCAGCGCAGGACCUACGGCGACGAGCGAUUUGACUUCAUCCACCAUCGUCACCUUAUCGGCUCUAUUUCAGAUCACUCACAGUUUUAUAAGAGAGCUUACAGUGCACUUAAACCCGGGGGCUGGAUUGAGCUUAUCGAGCAGGAAGCGUUGACAUUUGCAGACGAUGACUCUUUGCCAGCAGACUCCGCUCUGGUGCAGUGGGGUAAGCUUGUACACGAAGUCUUCGAGCGGACUGGUCGACCGUUCUUGCCUGUCGAAAAAUACAAGGACCUACUAGAGGAUGCUGGCUUCGAAAAUGUCACGUGGAAGCUGGUCAAGCGGCCUUCAACCGACUGGCCGAAAAACAAGAAGAUGAAGGAGAUUGGCGCUUGGUGCUGUAUGAACUUCCUCGAAGGUCUAGAGGGCUGGACAAUGGCGCCAUUCACGCGUGUCUUGGGCUGGAAACCGGAGGAAGUAACCAUUUUCGUGGCGAAAGUGCGCGCAGAGGCUGUGAACAGAAAGAUACAUGGAUGGAUGAAAUCAUGCGUGUGCUACGGCCAACGCCCACAAGUGAGUGCAUCAUGA